GGAUUGGACGACAGCCUUGAUGGAGAAGACAGUUAUGGAACAGAUGACAAGCUUACGCCACUUCAGAAACUUGAGAAAUACAUGCAGAGUGACAAUGUUUAUACAAGACAAAUGGUGGCAAGAGGUCUGCUGGAUACACUGCGGGCUGUGGAGGACACAACAGACGGGGAAUGUGUUGCCGUCCUUAAUGCCAUGGUCAGGUUGUCUGAGGACAGUGAUCCCAUUGUUCGAUCAGAGUUGAUGGAACAGGUUCCACACAUAGCAGUAUAUUGCCAUGAACAUGCUAUAGUGUUCCAAAAUUCUGUGCCUUUGUAUGUCCUACCUAUGGUAGUCCGGUACCUCAACGACCAUCACAAUCAGGUAAGGAAAACAAGCCAAGCUGCUCUAUUGGUGCUGCUGGAACAGGAGCUGAUUGUGAAAGCGGAUAUAGAACAGCAGGUAGUGAGCGUCAUCCUCGACCUUGCCAGUCCUGAUAGUUUAGAUGACUAUAGAACCGAGGCUGUUGCUCUGAUGAGCAAAAUGGCUCCAUUGUUAGGAAAGGAAAUGACAGAGCGUGUGUUCCUUCCACGAUACUGCGAGAUGUGUACAGAUCCUCUUUUUCACGUUCGAAAGGUGUGUGCUGCAAACUUUGGGGAUUUUUGCACUGUAGUUGGACAAGGAAACACUGAACAGCAGUUGUUGCCGAAGUUUUACUAUCUUUGUGAAGACGGCGUGUGGGGAGUAAGAAAAGCCUGUGCUGAGUGCUUCAUGGCUGUGUCAUGUGCCUGCUCACCAGACGUAAGGCGAGGAGAACUCUCAACCCUUUUUGUUAAUCUGCUGUGUGACUUGUCACGAUGGGUGCGGAUGGCAGCUUUCCAACAACUAGGUCCAUUCAUUUCCACGUUUGCUGACCCAGGAGUGACCGGAUUAUAUGUUGAUGAUGAUGGCAUACUCUGUAUCAAGAACCCGGAAAUAAUAUUAGCAUUGGAAAGUGGUGAACGACUUCAAAAUAUAGUUGGGCAGAUGGACAAAGAUGACAUGCUUGUGCCUCCUCCUGUCUACAAGGAUGACACAGAUAAGGAAGACGACAAUCAAAGUGGUAGUGUAGAUGGUAGCUGUGAUAAUAGCGGCAUUGGGGAACCCAUGGAAAUUUCCACCGCUGACAAUGAAAAUGAUGUGCAAGGUAUUCUCAAGUCAGAAAAUAGAGACUCGCCAGAUAUUUCACCAGAAGAGCUGCGAGCAAAAUGUUACAAGGAUGCUGGAAAGUCUGCGUCACAUGAAAACUCUGAAGUGCAUAUAGCAGACAGUAGUGACCAUUGUGAAACAAACAAAUGUGAGCAGGUCUGUGAUAAUGAGGAGUCACUGCAGCAACAGGAAGAACCAUCGAAAAAUAAUUCUGAAAACGUUUUAUCAAAUUCAACAGAAAAAGAAAAAGAAAGCUCUUCUGCUGGAUCAGAAGAUGUAGUGCAUAUACAUUUAGAUAAUGUAGGAACCAAUUUCAAUUCUUUCCAGUAUUGGCGAACUCCUUUACCUGAGAUUGAUUUAGAUUUUGAUAUUGUCAAUGGAGCUGCCACUAACUUUCAUGUGACCACAAAAGUACGGGAGGAUAAGAUGUACAGUAUGUCAGGUCCCCCAGACAGUAGUACGACCACAUCAAAUAGCAAUACACAAGCAUCAAGUGAUAAAUUGUCAGAUACACUCAACUGGCUUAAUUUGGGUGUGGAGAACGAGCCCAAGCAGUCUGUGAUAGAGGAGGGCGUCACUUUCCACACUGCUAGUGUUAACACUGUGUGUGAUGAAACCGUUGAUAACAUUGGCAGUACGCAUGUCCUCGACAUCAACGGAAGUAGUUUAUCGGACAACACUGAAAUGGAUGAGGCCCAACUUGCUCAACAACAGAUGUUGAUGUGUUUAAACCAGGAUAUAGUGCCUCAGAGCCUGCUGGAGAGUUACCUGGGUAUGGCAGAUCCAUCUCGGGCCCAAACUGUGGACACGGAGAUCACACGUCACUGUGCCUACAAUCUGCCAGCUGUAGCUUACACUUUAGGACGUAAAAACUGGAACUGUAUCAAGAUGCUGUAUGAUGUGCUGGCCACAGAUAUGCAGUGGAAGGUUCGACGAACAUUGGCCUUUUCUAUACAUGAAAUGGCAUUAAUCCUCGGAGAGGAGAUAACACACAGAGACCUUGUUCCAGUAUUUGAUGGAUUCCUUAAAGAUUUGGAUGAAGUCCGAAUUGGGGUUUUGAAACAUCUAGCAGACUUUCUAAGACUUUUAAAACCUGACAUGCGACAACAGUACCUAACGAAAGUGGAAUGCUUUAUGAAUACAGACAACUGUCGUAAUUGGCGAUUCCGACUGGAAUUAGCAGAUCAGCUCAUGCUGAUGUCCGAGCUAUUCUCAGCACAUGAAGUCAGCCACUACCUUCUUCCCCUUGGCAUUACUUUAGCAGAAGACAAGGUGGCAGAGGUUCGUCAAGCAGCAUUCAGACUGCUCAGCAUCAUGAUGAAGCGGAUGGCUGACCAGAAUGAUGAAAAACUGACUGUAGGAUUGGUGAAAGCCUUGAAGGAAAAAUUCGCUGAGAGCAACAAGUGGGCUCGAAGACAAGUGUAUGCUCAAUUGAUAGAAUAUAUUCUGGAGGAAGAUUCUGUUCCUAUAGAGAUCUUUACUACAGAACUGGUGCCAAGUCUUUUAUCUCUAUGUCAUGAUGUUGUGCCAAAUGUGAGAAUUUCUGUUGCCAAAACGAUGUCUCGACAUAUAUUCACUCGUGAAUAUUUUACAUCGCCAAAGAACCCUCUGUAUGAUGAGAUGUGUAGGACUCUGCAUAACUUGCAAUCUGACAGUGAUCGUGAUGUGCGUUUCUUUGCUUGUCCCCAGCAGGAUACUUACCUAGACCAUGAGGGAGACUCUAAUCCUGAUGAUAGACGACCAAAUAAUUUUUCAGAGGAUGAAACGCUUCCUGUAUAAAGCUAAGGAACCCAGAUGUGUCCAUUGUAUCAGGACUCAGGGACCAAGAUUCAACUGUAUGCAAUGUUGCAGGCUGUGAUAAUAGCUUCGCACAUAUAAAAUUUAAUGUAAAUUAAAUAUAUGUGAUAAUUUAAAUUCAUGUCAUUAGUACAAGACAGAUGCUGGUGUCUAUAGGCCAUGUUUCAAAGAUCCUUCUGUUUUCUGGAAUUUAUUGUUAGGUAAAUAAACAAAAACACCAAAGAAUUUUACUCCAAUGAGAGCAAUCAAAUAAUAGACAACCAAUUUUUGUUAUCAACAGUUUGUAGCAUGUUCAUAGGAACAGGUAUUUUUUUAACUUGGCCUACCUUGUACAAUAUAUAUGAUAUAAUCCAACCGGGGCUGUGACUUUGUGUUUGUGUUCGUGUGAGAAAGAUGUACUGAGACUAACGCGAGACAAGUUGUGUGUUUUAUGUCUUGUGAGAACUACAGUGAGGGAUAUUUUGGAAGGAUAAGACUUAAGAAUGAAGUUCCUUGUGUUGAAUGAGGAUGUGAAUGGUGUACAGUUCUUUGUACACAUUGUUGAUUGUUCUGCCAUAUUGGUAAAUUGAUGUAACUAGCGAGAUAUUAUUGUCCUUAACUAAAAAUUGAAUGCCUUGUAUGCCAAAAUUAUCUAUCUUAUUUAGCUCACAUGUAUUCAGUUAAAAGUUUAAUUCCUUGACAAAGGUUAUUGAUCUGCCUUCAGUUUCUUCAUUAGAGGAAAGACAGCUUGAGAAAUCAGUUUGUCCAAGCUGUACACUAUCGUCCAUCCAUUUGUUCAUCUUUAGGUUUAAACAUGAUAUUAAAGGUUGAGCUCAAACGAAGGAUAUUAGUCUUGAGAGGUAUCCUGGAGACACCAGACUAUUGCCAGGCCUUUUUGGAGACCUUGGCUAUCGUUGUUAAUUAGAGGUACUUCAUAUUCUACAUUCAAACCCAGUUUUGUUGCUUAAGUUUGCCAAGCAAAAAGUUGAUGAUGUAACGAGUACAUCAAGGAGAAAUGCUUAUAGGAACUACAGUAUUUAAAAGGGAGAUCACUUUUGGAUAAACUAAUAGUAGGUGAGGUUGGAAGGAAACCGAGUGUAUUAUAUCAGCAUGUUAUUGUCAGAAUUUCGUUUCUGGUUUGUCAGGGGAGUGUCUUAAAGUUCUUCAUUUUAAGUGCUGAAUAAUUUGGAACUUUUUUUUCCAAUGUAAAAAACUUAAUAAUAUAAUUUAUAAGUCCCAUCUAAGUCGUGCUACUGAGGACAUUAGUCUCGAGGUCAAGGCUAAAGCCUGAUACAAGGACCUUGACUCUGUCUUACUUUUUGUACAAUAAUUAGCUCUUAUAAAGGGCGUACUAUAUGUAGAACUUUUUAAGUAAAGAUCGGAGUACAAGUUAAGUUUUGACUAUCAGUAUAGUUAAACAAAACCUUGGGUACAUUUGUCCUUUUAAUUUUAUUUUUGUGCGUUUUAGAUAAAGGUAUAUUUAUAUAUGAGUUGAUAUGAAGACAUUUUAUGUAGAUACAUCUGGGGCCAGUGUUAUUGAUUACAUCAGCAAUUAAUUCAACAUUUUUUCUUAAUGUUUUAGUUUUUAAACUUAAGAGCAAUUUCUUCUUUUGUUUUCUUAAUUUUGGAAUAGUUUUGACCAUAAUUUCAAUAAAAUUGAAAAUUUUACUUGGGCUAGCAACAUGAUGAACAACUGAACUAGGGUAAUUUAGUGCUGGGUAAACUCCCUACAGCUUGCUUCUUCGUUGUGCCUUAAAGAAGUUAUACUUGAAAUCUUCUUCAUAUGGUACAAAGCAAUUUUAUCAUGGGACAUUUUUUUAUCUGUUUGGCAAAAAAUGGUAAGAUUUAACUGAUAUUGUCCAUUUGGGUUUGCAAUCCUCUGUUUAUGCUAUUCACAUCUGGGGUUAUUUGGCAAUAAUAGAUCAAGCAAAUCGAUGAUAAUUAUUGAAUUGUUUCAAAAUGACGAAUUUGUUCUACCUCUUUGCCAGUAGUAGAAACGUUUUCUGUACAUUUGCUGCCAACAACAUUGUAUUUUUGACAUGGAAAUCUGUUCAAUACUCUUGAUAUUGGAUCACCAUUACCUGUGAUGUUGCUAUGAUCACUACUUUUCACUGCUUUAAAUGUCAAAACAUGAAGGUUGUAUGUUUUGAAGAUAUGACAUUGGAUUUUAGGUAAUAUUUUGUUGGAAGACCUGGUUUUUGUUUCAUAGGGUUAUUAAAUCAACAUAGAUUGCUGAGUAGGUAUUACAAUAGCCUGUUACACAAUGUGAUGUAGGAUGUAAUAUGUUAUUUCAGUGUUGGUGUCUAAAAAGGUUGCUACAAGAAUUUAACAGUAAUCAGAUAUUAAAACAACACACUUGAACCAGGAAGAGAAAUUAGUACAUUUCUCCUACAUUUCUGCCUUAGAAGUGAUGGGCAGAAAAACUGAAGUCAGUAGAAGUGAUUUAUAGCAAGUCCUGGAGUCCAAAAAGUAUUUUCCAAGAUUAGUCCUUCAAACAUCUAAAAUAUCAAAUGAAAUGGUUUUAUUUGAAUGACAUUUGUAUUAUGUUGAUUUGAAAAAUACUUUUUAGUUAUUUUUUAGAAGGUUUUUGAAAUUUUGAAAGCAAGUCUUCCUCCAAUAAUAAUUUUACUUUAAUUGAUGAGGACUGGUAUCGGUGUACCAUUGAACAAAUUAGGAAACGAGUACCAAUCUAGGUAUAAAAUCUGGAGUACACAGUAGUGAAUUUUGAGAGACGAUGAACGUUGAUAUGGAUAUGAUAAACCCUCUCCUUUAAUUAAUGGUUGUAACGAUUAUCUACAAGAAUAUUUAGAUGGUGUAGAUAUAUUUGUGCUGUUGAUAAAGACAUUUAUGAUAGAACAACUUCGACUCCAGCAAGUUGCUACCUGUACCAAAAGAGGAUAGUCACAAUUGUCAUCCUUAUCAAAAUAACGAUGAAAGGGGGAGGGGGGAAUGAAUGUUGAAAAAGUGACCUGGUUGUACUAAUAAAAGAGCAAGAUGGUUGUAUCUGUUGUGGUGAAGUCCUCUAGUUUCUGAUCAUGUUAAAGCAAUAUUUGUACCCUAGAAUGGAGUGCUGUGUUGAGACCAGUGGUCAAGCAUUGAAGAUAUUUUAGUCUUUCACAACCUGAAUCCAUUAAUUUAUUGGAUACUACGUGAUUUUGAGUGACCAAGUAUUUGAUAUUAUUGAUUUUAAAGUGGUAAAUAAAAACACGAAAUGA